GUGACUCGCAGCCGGUAUUGGCUCCCCCCGCUCUGCCGCUUCGGGGCGCUCUGAGCAGGAAGGCGUGGCGGGUCUCUGUGGUCGGUCCUCCCAGACUGCCCGGUUUCCGGCCGCUUCCCCAGCCGAAGCUCUUUCUGGCUCUCCGCAGCCGUUGCAGCCUCCGUUGCAGCCGCCCCCCGUCGCCGCCCCCCGGGCGAAAGAGGCCCCUCGAGCACUCGCCGCCCCCAUUCAGGUGUGAUAAGAAGCUGAAAUCAUGACGGACUCCAAAUACUUCACCACAAAUAAAAAAGGGGAGAUCUUUGAGCUGAAGGCGGAGCUGAACAAUGAGAAGAAGGAGAAGAGGAAAGAAGCCGUGAAGAAAGUGAUUGCCGCCAUGACCGUGGGAAAAGACGUCAGCUCCCUUUUUCCAGAUGUGGUGAACUGCAUGCAAACGGACAACCUGGAACUGAAGAAGCUGGUGUACCUGUAUUUGAUGAACUAUGCCAAAAGCCAGCCGGAUAUGGCCAUCAUGGCUGUGAACAGUUUUGUAAAGGACUGCGAGGACCCCAACCCUCUUAUCCGCGCCCUGGCGGUGCGCACCAUGGGGUGCAUCCGCGUGGACAAGAUCACCGAGUACCUGUGCGAGCCCCUCCGCAAGUGCCUGAAGGACGAGGACCCCUAUGUGCGCAAGACGGCGGCCGUCUGUGUGGCGAAGCUGCACGACAUCAACGCCCAGAUGGUGGAGGACCAGGGCUUUCUGGAUUCCCUGCGCGACCUCAUUGCCGACUCCAAUCCCAUGGUGGUGGCCAAUGCCGUAGCUGCCUUGUCCGAAAUCAGCGAAUCUCAUCCAAACAGCAACUUGCUGGACCUUAACCCCCAGAACAUCAACAAGUUGCUCACCGCCCUGAAUGAGUGCACCGAGUGGGGACAGAUCUUCAUCCUGGACUGUCUUUCUAACUACAACCCAAAGGAUGACCGCGAAGCCCAGAGCAUAUGCGAGCGAGUGACCCCCCGCCUCUCUCACGCCAACUCCGCUGUGGUGCUGUCGGCCGUCAAGGUGCUGAUGAAGUUCCUGGAGUUGCUCCCCAAGGACUCUGACUACUACAGCAUGUUGCUGAAAAAGCUGGCCCCUCCCCUCGUCACGCUGUUGUCUGGGGAGCCCGAGGUCCAGUACGUCGCCCUGAGGAACAUCAACUUGAUCGUGCAGAAAAGGCCUGAAAUCCUGAAGCAGGAGAUCAAGGUGUUCUUCGUGAAGUACAACGACCCCAUCUACGUCAAGCUGGAGAAGCUGGACAUCAUGAUCCGCUUGGCGUCGCAGGCCAACAUUGCUCAGGUUCUGGCCGAGCUGAAGGAGUACGCCACAGAAGUGGACGUCGACUUUGUCCGCAAGGCCGUGCGUGCCAUCGGACGAUGCGCCAUCAAGGUUGAGCAAUCGGCUGAGCGUUGCGUGAGCACCCUCCUGGAUCUCAUCCAGACCAAGGUCAACUAUGUCGUCCAGGAGGCCAUUGUGGUCAUCCGGGACAUCUUCCGCAAGUAUCCCAAUAAGUACGAGAGCAUCAUUGCCACCUUAUGUGAGAACCUCGACUCUCUGGACGAGCCGGAUGCCCGAGCGGCCAUGAUUUGGAUUGUGGGCGAAUACGCGGAGAGGAUCGACAACGCAGACGAGCUCUUGGAGAGCUUUCUGGAGGGCUUCCACGACGAAAGCACCCAGGUGCAGCUCACCCUCCUGACCGCCAUCGUGAAGCUGUUUUUGAAGAAGCCGUCGGAAACGCAGGAACUGGUCCAGCAGGUGCUGAGUCUCGCCACGCAGGAUUCUGACAACCCGGACCUGCGGGACCGCGGCUACAUCUAUUGGCGCCUGCUCUCCACAGACCCCGUUACCGCCAAGGAGGUGGUCUUGUCUGAGAAGCCCCUGAUCUCAGAAGAGACUGACUUGAUUGAGCCUACUCUGCUGGACGAGCUCAUCUGCCACAUUGGCUCGCUGGCCUCCGUGUACCACAAGCCACCCAACGCCUUCGUGGAGGGCAGCCACGGGAUCCACCGCAAGCACUUGCCCAUCCACCACGGAAGCACCGAUGCAGGAGACAGCCCGAUGGGAACCACAGCCGCUACAAACCUGGAGCAGCCGCAGGUGAUCCCUUCCCAGGGCGACCUCCUGGGCGACCUCUUGAACCUCGACCUUGGCCCGCCGGUGAACGUGCCCCAGGUGUCCUCCAUGCAGAUGGGCGCUGUGGAUCUUCUCGGCGGAGGGCUGGACAGCCUGCUUGGCAGUGACCUUGGCGGGGGAAUUGGAGGCAGCCCAGCAGUGGGACAGACCUUCAUCCCGUCAUCGGUUCCCGCGACCUUUGCCCCGUCGCCGACUCCAGCCGUGGUCAGCAGCGGACUCAAUGACCUCUUUGAGCUCUCUUCGGGCAUCGGCAUGGCGCCCGGUGGAUACGUGUCUCCCAAAUCGGUCUGGCUGCCAGCCGUGAAAGCGAAAGGGCUGGAAAUCUCCGGGACCUUCAAUCACAGGCAAGGACAUAUCUAUAUGGAUAUGAGCUUCACCAACAAAGCUUUGCAGCACAUGACGGACUUUGCCAUUCAGUUCAAUAAGAACAGCUUUGGGGUCAUCCCAAGUACUCCGCUGGCCAUCCACACUCCUCUGAUGCCAAACCAGAGCAUUGAUGUCUCUCUUCCCCUUAACACCCUCGGACCAGUCAUGAAAAUGGAGCCUCUCAACAACCUCCAGGUGGCUGUGAAGAACAACAUCGAUGUCUUCUACUUCAGCUGCCUGAUCCCCCUCAAUGUGCUUUUCGUAGAGGAUGGCAAAAUGGAACGCCAAGUUUUCCUCGCGACGUGGAAAGACAUUCCUAAUGAAAAUGAACUUCAGUUCCAAAUUAAAGAGUGCCACCUGAAUGCUGACACCGUCUCCAGCAAGCUCCAGAACAACAACAUCUACACUAUCGCCAAGAGGAACGUGGAAGGGCAGGACAUGCUGUACCAGUCGCUGAAGCUCACCAACGGCAUCUGGAUUCUGGCCGAGUUGCGCAUUCAGCCGGGGAACCCCAACUACACGCUGUCUCUGAAAUGCCGAGCUCCUGAAGUGUCCCAGUAUGUCUACCAGGUCUACGACGCCAUUUUGAAAAACUAACUCCCCGGAGGAGGCGACGCCGGCCUCACCAGGCAGGGAAUCGGGACGGGGCCAAACUCCCAGGCACUCUUGCCACCACCGCCAACCUCCCAUUUGUCGGCGUAGGCCAAGAACACUCUUGACGCGGGAAAAGCAGCUCUCUGUGUUGUGUCUAAAACCUCGGCGUGCCGUGCUGAGGCGAAACCAAGGUAGCGAGUAGUGUCCACGUUGCCGGUACCAGUAGAGGGAUGUCCCAUUUGAUACUUUUAGCAUCUGUGAGAAGUUUGUAACCACUUAUUUUAUUUUUGCACCGCCCAUUUCCCCCUCGCCAGUCCCAUGCCAUGUCUUGUUCAUCCGUUCCUGUGGGGCUUCUCCAUCUCGUGCCAAUGCUCUGCAUUUUCUUGAACCACUGAAGGCCUCUAGUUGACAUUUUAUAACAUGCAGGCUCCUUUUUAAACACUGCAGACACACGCGCUCCGUCUCUGCCCAGCUGGAGGAAAAACACACACUGCACUUUAUGCUUUUGUAUUGUGUACUUCUGAUGAUGAUUAUAUAUAUUUUCUUUUUGCAAUUAACCCAAGCAAAUGAGGUGAAAGGAGGGGGUACCUGAAUCAGACCAGCUCUGUGAGUCUUAUAGAGGGGAAAAACACUGAGAAUUUAUGUGAUUUGGUCUGGGGGGGGGGUCACAUUUGGCACUAGUUGAAACUCAUUCCCUCCCCCCUUGAAUGUGAUGUUCCCUCUCCCCAUCCACCAGCCCCAAACAUUGCAGUCUUUGUGGGUACAUGAGCCUUUCAGUGAAACCAAAGCCGUGUUAAAUGGCAGCUGCGAUGGGCUUUGUUUGCUGGUAGCCCCCAGGCAGCGGAGCCUAGUGGCUCCAGUGUCCGUAGGGCAGUGAAUCUGUUCCAGGUUUUAGUCUGAACUGUCAAGGAGCUGCCCGGAAGGCUGCAACCUCAGGUUCCAGCACCUUGGACAGCUCCUUGCAAGUUCGGACAGAAACCCGGAGGGGAUUCGCUGCCCCGCUGACACCAGAACCACCCAUCUCUGCUGGCCACCAGGAGAUGUGAAAGGCGUCGGGGCGGCCAGGCUGCUGGUGCCCCCUCCUGACAUCUUCCCAGAUGCGUUUCAUGCAUGCACACUCCUUUCUAGGGCUGCUGAUGCGGCGGUCCGUCGCAUGCAUGACAUCAUUAGGAAACGGGGCAGGCAGAACCGUAGAGGAAGCGUAGCGGGCAGAAGAAGCUGCGGGCUGUUUCAUCCAGCUUCUUCCUCUUCUCCGCCACCCCUUCCCUCUCCAGUUUUUAGUCCAGACUUUGCUAGAGCAGGAGUAGCCAAUCUCUAGCACUGGCUCAAGGGCAAUCGCCACAAGAGCCGCCUCCUUGGGUACGGUUGAGAUAGGGCCCCCUUGGGAGGCAGCCAGUUCACACCACUAGCGUCUGAAUCGGGGCUGGGAAUCCUCCGCAUGUUCUGGGGACUCCAGCUCCCAUUAGCCCCCAGCCAGCACAGCCGGUGGGCAGAGGGCAGCAUAGCUUUCCUGCCCCGACCUGCAUGCAACCCAUGACUGCGAUAUGAGAUGACUUUCCUUCCCGCGCCUCUAUGGCCACGUUCACACGGUACAUUUAUUCCACUGUUAUUCCAUUUUAAACAGUCAUGGUUUCCCCCAAAGAAUCCUGGGAAGUGCAGUUUGUGAAGGGUGCUGAGAGUUGUUAGGGAAGCCAUAGUCCCCUUACAGGCCGGCAGUUCCCAGAGUUCUCUGGGGAAAAGGACUGACAAACUACUCAGAGAAUUGUAGCUGUGUGAGGAGAAUAGGGGUCUCCUAGCAACUCUCGGCACCCUUCACAAACUACACUUCCCAGGAUUCUUUGGGGGAAACCGUAACUGUUUAAAGUGGAAUAAUAGUGGAAUAAAUGUACAGUGUGGAUGUGGCUUAUGUUUAACCGACCUCCUCCUCGCCGCCCACCUGCCGUUCCCUCUUGUGCCCCUCAGUUGGCUGCCCCCUUUCCUUGGCCUCACGUCUGCGUGCCCUCAGAGCAUGUGCAGGGUCAAAGCAGUGCGUGCCCAGCCUUCAGCGGUUCCUUCCGCUCUCCCUCAGAAGGGCCGACACGCCUUCUCUUCCUUCCACCAGACACGGGAACAGAAGAGGCACUGGAAUCGCCUUGAAGCGCCGAGGGAAAGGGGUGGCAGUGGAGGAGCCACUGCCUCGCUCCACCCCACCUCGGAUGCUGAGUGAGCCGGCUGGUGCUUCCAUGGCCCUCAAUCCCAGAGAAAGAUCCACGUCAAAGCAUGUUCGGCGACGGGAAAGCUUUUUAUUCAUUGGAACGGAGCUGGAUGCUGGAGUCAUCAUGGGCCCAAGAAUUGCGUCACUAGCCCUAUUUUUUUUAAAAAAACGGGGCCACAACCUUCACAGGGGAAACAACCUUCACAGGGCGCUCUGUGUGCCAAGCGCGACUCCCUUGGGCCACAUUCACUCAAUACGUUUAUUCCGGUUUAAACAGUCUUGCUUUCCCCAGAGAAUCCUGGGGAGUGUAGUCAGAAUGACAAUUCCCAGAGAUGUUUAAGAGCCAAUCCCUCUUCCCAGGGAACUCUGGGAAUUGUCACUCCUAUUGGGGGUCUCCUAACAACUCUCGCCCCCCUUCACAAACUACCCUUCCCAGGAUUCUCUGGGGGAAGCCAGAACUGAGGUGGAAUAAAUGUGUCCCGUGAAUGUGGUUCUGGCCCCAGCAUGCUCCACACUGAAACGCGGGAGCUGAGCUUCCCAUGGGAGGCAGCGUCAGCCCAUGGGAAUAGUUCACAUCUCCUGCUUUGGCCACUUGCCAAAGCUCUAGAAGCCAUGGCUGUAAGUCAGGCCUGCUCAAACAAGUCACACAGCAGCCCCCCAGAAGCUCAAUGAGUGCACUUCUGUCACCUGCCUCUGACUGCGCAAGCCGUGUGUGUGAGGAGGGGGUAAUUGCAGCCAGCAAACUUCCUUUGGCCCUAUUUCCGUGGCAAAAGGCAACACGGGUUUACGCACCACAGCAUCUCUCAAACAGGAGACUAAAUGGAGCAGAAGAUUUGGGGAGCUAGCUCAAGACUGUCGGGGGUUGGGCUUCUCCUGUUUGGCCUCAAAGUUUCACUGCGUGGGGACCCGCAAAUCCGUGCCGAUGAGCGGUGUGAGCCUGCGCACCGAGGAUCUCCUUCCACACACCCCUGAGCCCAACAGAGCAAGAAAUACCCAUGUGAUGUUUCUGCCCCUCAGUAAGGUGGUAAAGGAAUUCAGAGUGUCCUGAACAACCACUUCCUUGGCCUUUUUUUUUUGGGGGGGGGAGGGAAUGAACUGAUUUGACCACAUGGAGACCAUGUCAUGGGGAGUUGUGAAAUACUUGAGAUAAGGUGGAGACGCAGAAAAUAGAACGAUCUUGUAAUGUUUCCACCUGGGAGUCGAUGGGGCACAACAGCAUGCCUUGGCUGCUUUCAGAAGACUACAGUGAAACAAAAUGGCAGGCGGAGGCCACAUACCUGCUGGAGAUGCCCACCCAACCCUGUUUGUGUUCUCUGUGUGUGUGUGUGUGUGUGUGCUGGGUCUUGUGCCGUGUCAUUUUGUCUGCAUGCUGUGAAGUGGAGGGGUCUUGGUUUUGCUCAGAAUCGCUGCAUUCGGAGACGUUCGACUGUGGGAAGUGGGGUGGAUUUACGCUUUGCCUUGUAUCAUCAAUAAAUGUCAUUUACACGGA